UUCACUAAUUUCCAGUUCCAGUCGUCAGUAGAAGCAGACACAGAACGCUUAGCAUACCAUACACCUACCAUACCAUAGCCAACCCCUUUACUUUAUUAAAAGAUUUUUAAUUUAAUUAUACACAAAAAUAAAAUAAAUUGAAUUAAUCUUUUGCUUUGUGCAACAUAGUGUUGGACUGUUGUUUCCUGUUAUGAGUUGGGGAUAUGAUAUUGAAAAUGGCCCACAUGAGUGGUUUAAGCUUUUUCCACAAGCAUCAGGACAUCGGCAAUCACCAGUUGAUAUUAAUACCUUAACUGCCAAACGUGAUAGCGAUUUGAAAGAAAACUCCCUAAUAUGGAAUUAUGUUGGCAGUGAUUCUAAAAGCCUGGUUAAUACUGGACAUGGUUGGAAAAUUGAUGUAAUCGGAAAUGAUUCUCUUUUAACUGGCGGACCACUCGGAACAGACCAAUAUCGUUUAGAGCAAUUUCAUUGUCAUUGGGGUUGUUCUGAUGAAGUUGGUUCAGAGCAUACUGUUGAUGGGCAGUCAUACUCUGGUGAACUACAUUUUGUACAUUGGAAUACUUCUCAGUAUAGUAGCUUUUCGGAAGCAGCUGCCUUUCCGGAUGGAUUAGCUGUAUUGGCAUUGUUUUUAAAGACGGGAAAUCAUCAUUCUGAAUUAGAAAAGGUUACAGAAUUACUGCCUUUUGUAGUGCACAAAGGUGAUCGUAUAACUUUGCCUAAUGGUUGUGAUCCGCUUAACUUCCUCCCAGAAGAAUGUACCUACUGGACCUAUGAAGGAUCUUUGACUACACCACCUUGUUCCGAAUCAGUAACAUGGAUUGUUUUGAAGACACCAGUCGAAGUGUCUCAUGAACAAUUGGAUGCUAUGAGAAAUUUAAAUUGCUACGAUGUUAAAGCUGAAUGCCCAGCUAAUGAAAUCAAAGGAAAGCUCGUUCUCAAUUACAGGCCUCCUCUUCCAUUAGGAAACCGAAUAUUAAGGGAACCAGGAGAGCAUUAGGUCACAGAUGUUGUUAAUUUUAGUAAUGAAAUUAAUAUGAUUGUAUUAUCUACUCGCAUUAUAAUUAAAAAUUAAAAACAUAUUAUUUUUCUGCUUAUUAUCUGA